CUGGACCUGUUGCGCGCGAAUGAGCAGCCAAACUCAUUACUCGCACGCUCAUGGAGAGAACAGGUCCUUUCCUGAUGAAACGAGCUGAAUAACUCAACCAUUUUACUAAGGAAACACCUGAAGUACAUCUAGACAUUUGCUUGAAUCUUGGGUACAGAUAGCGCCUUAAAUAGUUGGCGGAAUGUGAUUGUUUUACCCAAACAAAGCAAAAAAUAUGUGCGCACCGCAGCAUUACUUCUUAACGUGAAGUCUUUAGACUGGAACUGAGGAUGAAGUGAUGUCCAGACUCUCGAUGUUGGAUUUAAGUCAAAGAGACAUUCAGUCAUCAAAUAUCACUAUUGUUCACUGAAAAGGAGACGAGUAGAUUGUGGAGGAGCUCCUGAAACCCAGAGGACCGUGCACUGAGUUUGAGCCCCCCGGUGACCACUUUUGCGCCUGUAUCCAAACAUGGCAACCCAAGAGCCGAUAUACAACACGACCCUCUCAAACCAAACCACCAAUUUCUCCAUUGACAUCAAUGAAAACCUGCUGGCUGAAGAAGAAAGCACCAAAGCCCUGGCUGUGAUCUACCUCGUGGUGUUCAUCGUGGGUCUAACAGGAAACUCUCUGGCCAUUUUUGUAGUUCUCCGCUACACCAAAAUGAAGACGGUCACCAACAUGUACAUUUUAAACCUAGCCGUGGCUGAUGAGCUGUACAUUCUGGGACUCCCGUUUCUCACCACCCACAACGUGCUCUCCUACUGGCCCUUCGGAAACUUCCUCUGCCGCAUCCUGAUGUGGGCCGACUCCAUCAGUCAGUUUACCAGCACAUUCUGCCUGACAGUAAUGAGCAUUGAUCGCUACAUGGCUGUGGUGCAUCCUAUCCGUAGUGCCAGGUGGCGGAGACCCAGCGUUGCCAAGGUGAUAAAUAGCAUGGUAUGGGCGCUUUCAUGUCUACUAACGCUGCCAGUCAUUAUUUAUUGUGACGUCCAGCCGGGACUCAACACCUGCAACCUGAGCUGGCCUGAGCCUCGUGAUGUUUGGUCCACAGCUUUCAUCCUUUACACCGCCAUAUUGGGAUUCUUCUGUCCACUGCUAGUUAUUUGUCUAUGCUACCUGCUAAUCGUGAUCAAAGUUAAAUCCACCAGCGCACGAGCCGGACUCUCCAAGCGCCGUAAAUCUGAGAAGAAAGUGACCAGAAUGGUGGUGAUCAUCGUUGUUGUGUUCGUUAUUUGCUGGCUGCCUUUCUUCAUGCUGAACAUCUUCAAUUUGGUGGUCACGCUUCCAGAAAAUAACAUCAUCACCGGUGUUUAUUUUCUUACUGUGAUCCUGACCUAUGUUAAUAGCUGCGCCAAUCCGCUGCUCUACGGAUUUCUGUCGGACAACUUCAAGAGGAGCUUCCAGAAGGUCUUGUGCAUCCACAGGGUCAACGGGGUCAGCGACGGACAUCCCAACCGCGCUCGUAUUAGCAGGAACCAUCAGGAGGCGUUCUUUCCUCCGAGGAGCUUCGAUUAUAAUGACCACGUCCAGAGCUAUCAAGUAAGUCUAUUGGUUUGGAUGCCGAGCACUGCGCCAAACCUGAAAACCAUCAUCCGGGACCACAAGUGAUCAGCCAGUCCAUCUAAAAGCCGGCGUUGUCCAAUUGAAGACAUUCCUGCAUACAAACAGUACUGUGUAUAUGGAGUUUAUUUAUAAAGUUAUUGUCGUCUAAGCCUAGAUCAAACACUCUCUGGUGCACACACACACACACACACACACACACACACACACACACACACACACACACACACACACACACACACA